AUGGCCGAGUCAGGUCCAGAGCCGAUAUCAGCUGCGUCUACAGCGUCUACAAGUGCAUCUGCAUCUGCAUCUACAGGUGCUACUACUGCUGCCACCACUGCUGAAGUGAUGCCGGUCCCCCUCCUGCCCGAGCCCUCGCCGUUCCUCGCCCCUCCCCCUCUGAUCGGCACCUCCGCCUGCCCGUCCAUAAUCCACCUCAAGCGCGACCUCCUCAUCCCCGUCUCCUUCGCGCCGUCCCCCUCCGCCGCCCCCUCCACCCCCUCCACCGCCGAGCGCUCCUCCCGCUCCGGCGCCCGCUCCGCCGACGGCAUCCUCAACACCCGCUUCGGCGACUUCCCCCACGACACCCUCACCAACAUCCCCUACGGCUCGCAAGUGCGCGCCACCGGCCCCGGCCACAAGCGCAAGCGCAGCGGCGCCCCCGCCGACAGCGGCUUCCUGCACAUCCUCGCCCCCACCGCCGAGCUGUGGACCACCUCGCUCCCCCACCGCACGCAGGUCGUCUACACGCCCGACAGCGCCUUCGUGCUGCACAAGCUGUGCGUGCGCCCGGGCAGCGUGCUCCUCGAGGCCGGCGCCGGCAGCGGCUCCUUCACGCACGCCGCCGUCCGCGCCGUCUACGGCGGCUACCCGGACGGCCGCGAGGACCGCGGCGCCGUCAGUGCUGCCCGAAAGGGCCGCGUGUGCAGCUUCGAGUUCCAUGAAGAGCGCGCUGGGAAGCUGCGCGACGAGAUCGCCCGCCACGGCCUCGACACACUGGUCGACGUCGUGCAUAGGGAUGUGUGUAAGGAUGGGUUCCUCGUCGAUGGGGCGAGCCCCGGGGCCACGGCGAUCUUUCUGGAUCUGCCGGCGCCGUGGCUGGCGCUGCCGCACCUGACGAGGCGGGUGCGCGCGACGCCGCCGCUGCCGACGCGGACGGGGCUCACGCCGACGCCGUCGCCGGGCCCGGUGGCGACGACGGAGCCGACGACGCCCGCGCCGGAGACGGCGGACCCCGCUAUCCCGUCGGCGCUGGCGGCGACGGAGACCGUCCGCAUAUGUACGUUCUCGCCGUGCAUCGAGCAGGUGACGCGCACGGUGUCGGUGCUGCGCAAGCUCGGCUGGGUCGAGGUCGAGAUGUACGAGAUCCAGCACCGGCAGCUCGAGGUGCGGCGCGCGCAGCGCAAGAGCUACACGGACGGCGCGGGGCCGCGGAACGUCGAUGAGGCGCUCAGGCGCCUGCAGUGGAUGAACGACUACCGCGUGCGGCGGCAGGAGCAGGACCUGCAUGGCGAGAAGAUGGAUGCGGAGGAGGCGGCGUCGAGGGAGAUGGAUAUGGAGGGGGUCACGGAGGGCCGGCUGGUCACGCGCGGUGAGCAGGAGAUUAAGACGCACACGAGCUAUCUGGUGUUUGCGGUGCUGCCGAGGGAGUGGAGUGAGGAGGAUGAGAGGGCGGCGGGGGAGACGGUGCGGGCGACCACGAGGGGGCUGGUGGAUGCGCCGGUUGUGGGGCCGGGCGAGAUGUGGAAGUGGACGGGCGAGAAGCAGGCGCCGAAGGUGUCGAAGAGGCAGAUGAAGAAGAUGGAGAAGGAGGCGAGGAAGGCGAAGGAGGCUGCUGGGGAAAGGGCAGAAGAGCCAAAGAAGGCGGAGGAAGAAGAGGAGGGGGAGGAGGAGGAGGCAAAGAAGGAAAGCGAUGGGAUGGAGGUCGAUGCCUAA